ACUGCAACAUCACUGAACAAGCACUGCACUGCACAGGCACACUGGGUAACAGUGCAACACUGAGUUUGUGUUAACACUUCGAGCUCUACCGGGGCCACAUGAUCUGAUCCAACGGUCCAGCCGGUUUCUUUGUAUUGUAUCCGUCGGUUAUCCUUGUCACCUCACAAGAGGCCUCCGCCUUCCACCCCGCUCAGGCGCCGCGCUCAUCUUCCGCCGCCGCCGCCGUCAGGGCGGGCACUGCUCCGGACCCGGCUCCGCCGGAUGCUCCUCCGCCGCGCCGCCGCCGCCGCAGCAGCAGCAGUGAAGCGCUCCUCCUCUGUCACCCCAGCCCGAGCCUUCCGGCACGUGGGCGACGCCGGCCGCGGCCACGCCACCACCUCCACACCGGCCACCUCCUCGCCCCCACGCCGCCGCGGCCAUCGCCGCGCGCUGUCGGCUGAGUCCGAGUCCCUCAAGGCCACCGCCUCGCCCCGCCCGUUCCCGGACUACCACCCGCCCCGCCCCGACUCGCCGGAGGACGACGCCCUCGCGCGCCGCCUCGCCGCCGUGGUGGUAUCUUCGCCUCGUCCCGGCACCCUACCGCUGCUCCCCUUCCUACCCCUCCUCCGCCCGAUCCACCUCCUCCUCGCGCUACAGCUCAUCGCAUCUGACCCGGACCACGGCGGCCUCCUCCUCCCGCUACUCCUCCUCUUCCCAUUACGCCGCGACCAGCAGCCCCACCCGCACCUCCUCCGUUGCUUUGCCGUCGCUGCCCACCUCGCCGCCGCCCGCGGAGACACGGUCACCGCGCGCGCCAUCCUCGUGCGCGCCGUCCGCUUCCCCUCGCCCCAUCGGCAUUUCGUCGAGCACUUUAUCACGACCUACAAGGCCUUCUCUUCGGACCCUGCCUCCUUCGACCUCCUCCUCCAGUGCCUCCCCUCCGCGCCCCUACUGCGCCGGCUCCGCCAGUACGGCAUUUCCCCGUCGCCGGAGGCCUGCAACGCUGUGCUCUCACGCCUCCCUCUUGAUGAAGCCAUCGAGUUGUUUCAAGGACUCCCAGACAAGAACGUUUGCUCCUACAAUAUACUAUUCAAGGCACUCUGUGGCGCUGGCCGUGUGGAGGAUGCACACCAACUGUUUGAUAAAAUGGCGCUCCUGCCUGAUGUUGUCACGUAUGGGAUUCUUGUCCAUGGUUACUGUGCUCUUGGUGAGCUGGAGAGCGCAGUGAAACUGUUGGAUGAAAUGGUAGCAAGAGGGGUGGAGCCAAAUGCAUCCGUGUAUACAAGCGUUGUUGCAUUAUUGUGCGACAAAGGGCGGGUUUCAGAUGCUUUGAGGGUGGUGGAGGAUAUGGUCCAGCAUAAAGUGAUAUUGGAUGAGGCAGUGUAUACAACGGUCUUGAGCGGUUUUUGUAGUAAAGGGGAUUUGGCAGCUGCAAGAAGGUGGUUCGAUGAGAUGCAGAAAUCAGGCCUGGCAACUGAUGGGGUGACAUAUACCACGCUGAUCAAUGGGCUUUGCCGGGCUGGUGAACUGAAAGAGGCAGAGAAGGUGCUUCAUGAAAUGUUGGCCAGGUGGCAGGAUGUCGAUGAGGUCACAUACACAGUGCUCAUUGAUGGGUACUGCAAGAGAGGGAAGAUGGCAGAGGCCUUUCGGGUACAUAAUACAAUGGUGCAGAGAGGAGUGAUACCCAACGUGGUGACAUACACAGCUUUGUCGGAUGGACUAUGCAAGCAAGGGGAUGUUCAGGCUGCUAAUGAGCUAUUGCAUGAGAUGUGUAACAAGGGGCUUGAGCUCAAUGCUUGCACAUACAACUCCCUGAUCAAUGGCCUAUGCAAGUCUGGCAAUCUGGAGCAGGCCAUGAGGACUAUGGCAGACAUGGAUACAGCGGGUCUUAAGCCUGAUGUUUACACGUAUACAACUCUUAUCGAUGCGCUCUGCAAGUCAGGGGAGCUUGACAGGGCUCACACCCUCUUGCAGGAGAUGUUAGAUAAAGGAAUUAAGCCUACUAUUGUCACUUAUAAUGUUUUGAUGAAUGGUUUUUGCAUGUCAGGUAGGGUAGAAGGAGGUAAGAAGCUGCUCGAAUGGAUGCUGGAGAGGAAUAUCCACCCCGAUGCUGUAACUUACAAUUCUCUAAUGAAGCAGUACUGCAUUGGCAAUAACAUGAAAUCUGCCACUGAAAUCUAUAAGAGGAUGAAUUCUCUGAAGGUGGCGCCAAAUGAGAACACAUACAAUAUAUUGGUCAAGGGGCACUCCAAGGCGAGAAAUUUGAAAGAGGCAUUACAUUUCCACAAUGAAAUGAUAGAAAAGGGUUUCAGACUUACUGCAACCUCAUACAGUUCUCUUAUAAGAUUGCUGAAUAAAAAGAAGAAAUUUGUUGAGGCAAGAAAACUAUUUGAUGAGAUGAGGAAGGAGGGUUUGACAGCUGAACUAGAUGUAUACAAUUUUUAUAUUGAUUUUAAUUUUGAUGAGGAUAAUUUGGAGUCAACCCUUGCACUUUGUGAUGAGCUGGUAGAAGCCAGUAUUGUGAAAUCAAAAGCUGAAAUGGAUCAAGAUGUUGUAUAGGAACAUAUACAUUAGGAACAUGAUUUGGGCUGGUGAUGUAAUGCUAGCUUCUUCAGGAUUGUGUGCAAUGUGAACACAAAUCCAGAGAUAGUACUGUCUAUCUUUUCUCUGCUAAAGCUAACAGUUGAGUAAUUACGGAGGUCUUCCAGAAGAUGUUCAGAAGUGUAGAUGGAAAAGCACAUCCUGGCGUUGGUGCUAUUUGCUAGGUGGACGUAUGCACUGUGAACUCAUUGUUUUUCUUUCCAAGUAUUAUGAGAAGGAGGUUAUUGCCUUCAUAGAUUGUUUGGAAACAAAGAUGUGGUCAGGCUGCAAACAAGUGAAUUAGUCAUCUUGACAAGGAGUAAUCAGGGCAUAAGCUAUUGCGUGUGAUGCCGAUAAGUACAUAACUAGAUGUCAGAGAAGCAUGGACCAAACUACUGGCAAUACAGGAGAGAACUACAGAGACAGUGAGGCUGAUUUUGAGAAAAAAUAUAUCAGUAUUCUCCGUUUGCAUACGUCCUUCCUUCCUCAAGGUUACAGGACUCACCUCAGCUUUACUGCUCACUGGCUUGGACCUUCAUUUGUACUUCGGAGAAAUAUAUCAAAUGCGAUAGAGAAUUCAUAGAAGCAUAAAGUGGAGCAUCAGAUUGGUUUAGCUGUUAAAAAUUAGGCAGUUCAAUACAAGGCCACGUCUGGGAAAUAUACGGCUUGGAGUAUUUUUUUUAUUAAGAACUACGGCUUGGAGUUGGAGCGAACAUAUUGAUAUAGGAGACAGGAGGAUACAGCUGCAGUGUAAGAGUUCUUAUGAGAAACAAUGUAUGCCCUUUUUUUUCUGUAUCUAGAAAACAAAGGGGGAAAAUACAGAGCUUGAAGCUCAACUUUUUUCAGUGGAUGCGACAUGUAUCCAUUGUUUA